UAUCAACUUGACUUAUUGCACAAAUAAUUUCAAAUCAUACCCUAUGUCUUCGAGUGUCGUGACAGAUGCCGGUAGGCAAAUUUUGAAGAGACUCCUUGAUAUGUUAGAGGAGAUGGAUGAUUUGAUUCUCGGAGCAUGUCGAGACGGGAUGGUCUACCGUUCAAAUAAUGGCGUAGCGUUAUCUAUUCCAAUCACCGAGUCGGAUUUGCGUCUCCUCGAAACCUCGCGCCAAGCCUAUCAUAACUCGGACUACGGUCCAAGCGAUAUGCUUGCAUACAUUUCAGCCAUGUCAACGUUUACAAAGAACUGGAACUCGGUCAUUCUAGCAGUCCUUCGUUACCUCGCAAACACUCUACCAGCGCAGGCUCGCGAAUGGAAACUACAAAUGGGUAAUCUUCAAACCAUGGGUGAUCGUGCUUGGAGGCUUGCUGUGCCAGCAAGUCAACCAAUUGCUGCGGGAGGCGAUGUGCGGGGUUUGAAUGCUCUCGUCGACCGAUUCGGUCUUUAUGAUCGUCUCCUAGAUCAGUUGUAUGCAGACCUGGAAUCGCAGCAGAGGGACAAGCUCUCAGAUGAACUGAGAGAUACUUCGAAUGCCAUAAUUGCUAUAAUACAGACACAAGGGCCUACGGCAGAGCUAAAUCAAGAUAUAAUCAACCUCUACAAAGCUGAGAUUUGUCUUCGAAGAGGAGCGCAAGGCUUGAAUACAAUUUCUCAGGAGACAGAGUGCGAAGCUUCACACACAAUGGCAGUAGAAGCGCAUGUGGAGCCUAGCGUUGAUUCGGGGAAGUACAACUCCACCAUAAGCGCUUUCAUUUUCGCCAUGAUAUUGCUAUCAGCGCUUCUGGUGGCUCCCGC